AUGGAGCGGUCGGUGUCAACCAGGUCGAAAAGGCAGGCAUCCUCGGUGUUUCUGCUCAAGAGUUUUGCCAGGAGUCUGCGGCAGUUUCUCACCCAGACUAGUCUGCACGGCCUUAAAUUUGUCGGCGAUUCCAAUCUCAGCAGUUGGGAGAGAUCAUUCUUCUUUGGCUCCUUUGUAACCGCUCUUAUAAUCACAGUCCAUCUUAUAUCAAAUAUCUAUGUCAAGUGGGACAGCACUCCGGUUAUAAUUGGCAUCAGCCCACAUGCUACCUCCAUUUUAAAAGUACCCUUUCCCGCUGUAACCAUUUGCAAUAUGAACCAAGUGCAAAGGAGUCUGGUGGCCAAUUAUAGAGAGGGCUCCAACGAGAGCACUCUUUUAAAGCUAUUGUGCGACUCGGAUAGCUGGCAAUCCAAUGAGUUUAAUGAAGAGCUUGAUGGUUUAAAUUUCGCUGGGAAUAACCUGAGGAUAUCCGAUUUUGUCUCAAAUCAUUCGCAGUCCUGUGAGAGAAUGUUGCUCUUUUGUAGAUUCAGUGCCGUGGAGCGAAACUGUUCGCAUUUGUUUCAACAGAUCCUGACAGAUGAGGGCCUGUGCUGCGCCUUCAAUUUUCAGCCGCCUGAAUUUCUCUAUAAGCCAUUUGCGAAUAACCCUCGGAACUUGACAAACCCAGAUGGGUUCGAAAAUGUUAAGUGGGAUCCGGAGGCAGGUUAUCCUGAGAAAUUGCCCUCUAAAUUUUAUCCAGCUACAUCGAGUGGAACUGGUAUCACUUUGGGAUUUACAGCUGUUCUAGAUGCUCAAAUGAGUGAAUAUUACUGCUCCUCCACUAAUGGACCAGGUUUUAAGGUAUACUUUCACAAUCCCAUUGAGGUGCCUAUGGUGAAGGAGGCCGGUUUGAUUACAGCCCUUGGCUAUGAGACCAAUUUCCGUAUCGAAAUGGUGAGGGCCGAGGCUGUUCCGGCCAUUCGUUCGAUAUCCCGCGAUGGUAGGCAGUGUCUGUUCAACAACGAGAAGGAGCUGAUCUUCUAUAGUUUGUAUACGAGGCUCAACUGCGAAAACGAGUGUUUGGCUGCUUAUCUAUAUGACACCUGCUCCUGCAUCCCAUACGACUAUCCGCAGAUAUAUAGCAACGCCAGUACCUGCAACAUGCUGGACACCUUUUGUGUGAGGAGGGCCCAAAGAGCGGAGAACCGUCCCAGUUGGGUGAAGUGCCGCAAACAGUGCCUGCCCAGCUGCUUCGAUCUCAACUAUUUGGCCAGUGGCUUCGCCUUCCCGCUGGCCUCCGACAACUUUCAGCUGGCUAACACGCUGGUGGAGCGCAUCAACAAGACCUAUCUGAGUGAGAACAUAGCCGUGAUAAAUGUCUAUUUUCGGGAGUCCGUCUACUACGGAAACACCAAGAAUGCCUACGUGGGACUGACCGAGUUUCUAUCCAAUGUAGGAGGUGUAAUGGGCCUGUUUAUGGGUUUCAGCGUCAUCUCUCUGGCGGAGAUCCUAUACUUUCUAAUCCUAAAACCCCUUGCGGAGCUUUUCGUAUGGAAGAGGUCAUCCCAUGUUGAUUUGGUUAAAAGCCUUAAACAUAACGCCUUCGCCAUAGAACAACCAAAUAAUUCAAGUAACCCAACCAUAUGGCAUACAAGGGAACUAUAUCCCAAAGGAAUAUCAUUAGAAGCAUUCGAAAGGGGUAGAAAAAUGAAAGUCGUCCUGCAUAAGUGCAUGAAUUCUGCGGCACAGUUUCCCCGGCAGCAUCCUCAUCCCCAUCAUCCCACCUCCAUCUGGAUGGGAUUGCUUAAACAGACCCGAAGAGGCUGGCACAAAACUGAACUGGUUGGGGGAAAGAAAGAUGCUGCCUAA